UUGUUGAGGCUGGGAAGCCAUUUUGGGAUUCUGCAGCGUGGAAUAGAAAUAAUGUGCUGUCAACUCAAACUUGUUUUGAAUUAUUAGUCAGAAGACUGCUCAGUUCUGGAAUACAGUGCUGAACUGAAGAAUGAUUUCUGAUUUCUCCUUCCUAUAUGGACUGAAUGAUGCUGCAUUUUGAAAAGAUCCAGGUUUGAAGGUGUAUCUCUGCAGCUAUUUCCUGAUCAGUUGUGUAGUAUGAUUUGAAACAGUGGCCAUGGAUUUUUCACGUCUCCACACGUAUACCCCUCCCCAAUGUGUUCCAGAGAACACUGGCUAUACUUAUGCACUCAGUUCAAGUUACUCCUCAACUGCUCUGGCUUUUGAGACGGAAAACAAAUUGGAUCCUGUUUUUGAUUCCCCAAGAAUGUCACGGCGAAGCCUACGUUCUUCCGCUUCAGUCUAUAGUACAGCCAAGGAUACCCAAAAUGAAAACAUCUAUGUCAGUGGCAGCAGCAGUAGCUCCUAUGCAGGGAAGAAAGCUUUUGUAGAACAGUCACCAAAAAUUACAAAACAACGUAGAAAUGUGGUGAAGCAGUCUGGCUCUGUAAGACACACCUCAAGAAAAAAUGUGCCCAGCUCUUCCAUUUUUAGCCACAGUAGUUUCAGUAGCCACACAAGUGAUGGAUCCGUUAUGUCAAUUUUGUUGGAUGAGUCUUCAAUACAGGAGCAGACAGCUGUUGACCACUUCUGGGGUCUGGAUGAUGACGGUGAUCUCAAAGGUGAAGGUACUACAGUGAUUCAGGCCAAUGGGGACAUAACAGCAGCUGAAAACCAGAGUGCACCGAGCAACGGCUAUACGUGCAAUGACUGCAGUAUGCUUUCUGAGCGGAAGGAGGUCCUUACAACAUACUCAACUCCUCAUAUGCUAUCCUCCAGAAUUUAUUCCAGGGACAGAAGCCAAAAACACAAGUCCAGGGGCCUCCCUUUCUACACAAAUAAGAUUCUGCGAAUGGCCAAGCAUACCACAACAUCUUUUACAUCACUCAUAGUGCAGCUAUUCCAAAUAAUCUUGCUGAAGCUGGGCUAUGAUUGUAAAGCUCACUCUGAUUACUGUGGAAGCAUGAAUGUAAAAGAAUUUCUCAGGGAAGAUGCCCACCUGGGCAUGAAUGGGGAAUCCUUGUGUGAUGACUGUAAGGGGAAGAAACACCUUGAAACACACACAACAGCCCACAUGCAAUCCUCAAGGUCUAAAAGGGUAGCAAGGACCAUUUGGCACAUCUUUUCUUCCGCAGGUUACUUCUUGCUACAUAUGUUGCAAAGAAUGGGAACAGCAGGAUGGUUUGUUUCCAGGAAGGUUUUGUCACUCCUUUGGCUGGCUGUUGUGUCUCCAGGGAAGGCAGCUGCAGGAAUGUUCUGGUGGCUUGGGACUGGAUGGUAUCAACUUGUUGCCCUGAUUUCUUUACUGAAUGUGUUUCUUCUUACAAGAUGCCUUCCAAAGAUGUUCAGAUUGUUGUUGUUUCUCCUUCCACUGUUGCUGUUGCUAGGUUUAUGGCACUUGGGUCUUGAUGGUUUCCAGUCAUUAUUGCCAGCUUUGAAUUGGACAAGCGUACAGAGAACGUACAAGUGGGAGGACUCUGUGAAAGUCGUUGGGCCUCCACCCGAAUCAUUACCAGUUCUGCAGCAUCCUGAUGAAACUCUAAAGGUUUUUGAUGGAAGCCGUAUACAUGAGCUGGAAAAGCAGAUGGCCUUAAUGUCUGAGAAAUGGCAUCACCGGGAUGAAGAAUAUAAUAAAAUGCUACUUCUGCUGCAGAACUUUCAAGAUCAAGUUACUCAGAUGAAUGACAAAAGUGAAAUGUUGAUACUCAUAAAAAAUGUAGUGGGUCAACGCCUUAAAGAGAUGAGAUCUGAUGAAGCAACACAACCAACGCAUGAUUUCUUGGCCUUGCAUCAAGAACAUGAAUGGCGUAUUGUUGCUUUAGAAGAUCUGCUUUCAAAACUCUCUGAAAAAUCUGAGGGAAUCCAAAAGGAACUUGAGUUAACCAAAGCAAAAACGUCUAGUGACAGAGAUGAACAAAACCAGCACCUCUUAUCCAAGAUUAAACAUCUAGAACUUGAGUUGGCUCACAUGAAAUCAGAGCUGCUAAAUUCACAGAGUUUGAAAACUUGCUGUGACAAAAUGGAUACACUUCAUGAAAAGGUAGAUGCCCAGGUUAAAGAAUCUGUCAAGUUCAUGCUGUUUGGCAACCAACAAGGAGACUUGCCAGAAUCACUGCUUCAGUGGCUAACCUCCAGAUUUGUGAGCAAGAGUGACCUGCAGGUCUUGUUACAAGAUCUGGAGCUGCAGAUUCUCAAGAAUAUAACUCACCACCUAUCUGUCACAAAUACGAAGUCAACUUCAGAAGUUGUGACAAGUGUUGUGAACGAAGCUGGGAUUGCAGGCAUCACAGAAGCGCAAGCACACAUUAUUGUCAACAAUGCCCUGAAGCUGUAUUCUCAAGACAAGACUGGCAUGGUAGACUUCGCUUUGGAAUCUGGAGGUGGCAGCAUUUUGAGUACCCGCUGUUCAGAGACUUACGAGACCAAAACGGCACUAAUUAGUCUCUUUGGAAUUCCUUUAUGGUACUUCUCUCAGUCUCCUCGGGUUGUGAUCCAGCCUGAUAUGUACCCUGGAAACUGCUGGGCUUUCAAAGGAUCACAGGGAUAUCUCGUUGUCAGGCUUUCUAUGAUGAUCUACCCUACAGCUUUCACCCUGGAACACAUACCAAAAACACUGUCACCAACCGGCAAUAUUACCAGUGCACCAAAGGACUUCUCAGUAUAUGGUCUUGAAGAUGAGUAUCAGGAAGAUGGUGUGCAUCUAGGACAAUAUAUUUAUAAUCAAGAUGGAGAGCCAUUACAGAUAUUCCAAGUCAUGAAGACAACUGAAAAAGCAUUCCAGAUAGUAGAGCUAAGAAUAUUUUCCAACUGGGGCCAUACAGAGUAUACGUGCCUCUAUCGGUUCAGAGUGCAUGGGAGACCUGCUGAAUGAAAACUAUGUACGCUUUCCUACUUCUUGUACAUUUUCUCUGUCUAUAUGUAUAUAAAGGGAAAGCCUGGAACACUGGAAUCCUUAAAAAAAUGAGGAUGUGUGAUGUCCUGCAGGUCCGGUAUUCUUCCUAGACAAAAUAGCAGACUGCCAACAGAAUUGUAUACCAAAACCAACAGUUAUUUUGCUCAGAUGCUCAGUUUGCAACUGCCAGACAGCUUUAUAUUAUUUUUUGUGCGUGUGUUCAUUCUCAGAAAAAAUAUUGCAUGCCAACUGCCCUUGUUCACAAAAUUCAGUUAGUGCACCAAUAUUACUUAUUUUAUUACUUCAGAAUAUAAAGCUUUUAAAAACUUUUUUUGGCAGCUAGGAAUCCGCUUUUAAUAUUGGGGCUUGCCUUCAAAUCUGUAGGUGAUCAAAAAAUGACCCUGGAUGCAAUCUGUUAAUGCCAAACGGUUAUGCAGUUAAAUAACUUCAGUGAAAUUCGCUUGUAUUUUUGAGAUGUCUUGAAACAGUGGAAACUGUGUGAUACCAGUGGUGUGGUGCAUUACUUCUAUAAAACAUUUUGGGCAUAAUUUUCCAUCCUAAAUCCAUUUCAUGUGGUUCAUAAAUUUCUCACUGCGCUCCCGAGGAUUGGUUUUCGACUUCCCCUGAUGUGUUUUCACUUUUUUUUUCUUUUUCCCCCAAAAUCUGGAUUUAGCACAUCUCCGAAAAAUACUUACUUGGUAAGAAUAUUUUUGUUCCAGUGUUCAAGUUGGCAAGAAAAGAAUGGAACUAAAAUCCAUUAAAAUAAAACUGGUCAUAGACCAGAAUUAUUUUUUACUGUGUAGAAAAAUAAUGAUUUUUGAAAAUUUCCUUUAGCAAAAUAAUAGUCAGUCACAGUAUCUAAGAGGGAUUGAUUAAUUAAUUAAUAUAUAGCCUUGGAUAUCUAUUUGUUUUAUUAUGAAGUCAGGCAAAGGUAUAGGUCAGGUGGAGGAUGAGAAAGUGACAUUAAGAAAUGACUUUUAAGUGGAAUAGGAAGACUGAAAUGCAUAGAUGCUGUGAAGUUGAAGAUAAUGGAAAAGGAAAUGUAGAAGCGGAAUGAGACUUAGAAGAGGCUAGAAAUGCUCCAUCUCAGAUGAGGCAUCUUGCAAGCAAAAUCCAUGUCCAGAACGUAUUUACAAACCAUUUCUCAUAAUCUGCCCAAAGUUCUGUUGAAAUAUUCUGAGGUUGCUGCCAAUUCCUGGAAAUCCAGAAAAAACUCUAUAGACUGAAUAUGUAGAAAACUUAGCACAAUUUUCAAAUCAGUUCAUGAAAAAUGAUGUCUGCUUAUAUUUUAAAAAAUGUGCAAACACAGUAACAACUUUCAAGAUCUGAAGCUUCACUAGAACAUUUGGGGGAUAAAGGAAUUUCCCUGACACUAACUCUCCCCAUACAUCUCGCAUCCUUUAAAAAAAAUUCAAAUACAUUAGAAAACUCCUUAGAAGAAAGAUUCCUUAAAACAGAGGUGAAUGGACAUUUUAUUUUGUCCUGCUUUUUGAGAGGAUCAAAAUAAAAUAUUUGUUUCUAUUCUUUGGGAAAAGACAAGAUGGUGCUGACUGGUUUUCUGAAUAGAGUUCAUGUAUGUUGCACAAGAGUCCUCAAAUAUUUAUAAAAAGAGUUUUUAUUUCCAGAAGGCUAUUUGUUUAUCUAAGUUCAGCUAGAAAUAGAACUUACAGCUAAUCACAAGAACUGUCUAAAAGCCUGUACAGGUGUUUCAUAAAUUGUAGGUUAAAUGUAUAAAGCAGAAUUAUCUUGUAUAGACCCAAAUUGGGAUAGCUGAGGGAGUGGGGAAUUUUUGCAUAACACUAACUUAUUUUUUAAAAAAACAAGAUAGGACUUUGUGCAAUGUAUUUUUGUAAAUGCUUUUUCAAAAUAUGUCUCUGAUAUCCUUUGCUGCCUCAAAACUGAUAAGCUAUUGAAAAUGUUUAAGAGUUUUAAUUUUUGAAAGUGCAUGUAAUAUUUGGAACUAAAUAAUAAAA